GGCUGUGUAUCACAGCUUUACGGAAUAAUAAUCUUUCCUUUUCGGUCGUGUUGUUUCUAUAUCGCCAAAGAACUCCAAUAUUUCUAGAGCUUUGAUCAAUAAUAGCUGAAACAUGAUGUUUCCAAAAAAGGUCACAGUCAAAUUGACACCAAGAUACUACUUAGUUGUUGUUGCAGAAACGAUGUCUGAACCAAUACAGAUAUGAGGUUGUUCAGAAGGAUGAUUAUACAUCAGUAAAUUAUGAAACUUGUCUGUCUUUCUUUUUCAUGUUUCUCUAGCUUUGUCAAUAAGACUAUGACUCGUUUCAGUCGGUGGGAGCUCUUUGGGCUGGCGAAUGUUUCAUUGACGAUGACGUUCAGUGCUUACCUGUUGUCAUUAAUAUCCACUAGGCGUGCUGUACCGAGUUCGCAGUCACCAUAAUGCCUGCAAUCUAUAUCGAAUUGGCUAGUCAUUGAUUGCCAUGUGAAUAUGAUUGAGGUAAAAACCCCACAUGCUCAUCAUGGAGGGGCAUAACAACACAAUAGUAGUCUAUUUUUUACACACCAGGUUCUGGUGCAGUUCCCAUGGAGGGCAGUCAACAAACAGACAAGCAAACAAGCUAACAAAGGACACACUACAUAAAAGAUUUACCGAAUUCAGUGUCUUGUAACUGACAACAAACAGGUUAUUGUAGCUACAACCAGAACGUAUUAUAUUUAUGUUUAUUUUUUAUAUGCAAAGGUCUACAACCAGUUUUAACAUAAACAUGGAAAUGUGUUUGUUAGUUACUCUGCAACAUCUGCACCUCUAAUAACUUUUUGCAGUGUGUGUGUUGUACUAAGACUUUUAGCUGGGCGUGAAGUGACUUGAAACACACUACAAAACAGAAAAUUGGUGCAAUUGUAAUUAUUACAUUAAAAUGAGAUUCUUACUUGAAAGUUGGUUCUAACACAAUUUUAUAUGUACUGCUAUUACAGACAAUGUUACGAUGGUUCUCAGAAUUCAAUGACCAACAGAGAAAUGUGUUUCUUCACAAGAUGCUGGAUGUGUGUGACUGUGCUCAACUUCACUUGCUGUCAGUUGAAAUGGAAGACAAUCUCCACAAGACGUGUCCUCAUAACUGCCAAGACUUGUUAUCGUGGCUACCACCAGCUAUAUCAUUUCGUAUCUUGUCUCUUCUUGAUCCAGUGAGUUUAUGUCAAGCAAGUCAAGUGAGUACAGGUUGGAGUUACAUGGCUGCAGAACCUCGUUUAUGGAUGGGUUUAUGCAAGAUGAAAGAGUGGCAGCUGUCAGACAUGGGAGAGAGGAAACAGCGGAGAGAAUUUGGUGUUAGAGAUGGAACAAGACGAUGGAAAGAAAUGUUUGCUGAGAGAUUUCGAGUGAGAAGGAAUUGGCUGCAAGGACGAUACACUGUACGAACAUUUGAAGGUCAUUCACAAGGCAUAUCUUGUGUGCAGUUUGAUGAGCAGCGCAUUGUGAGUGGAUCGUCGGAUAAAACAAUUAAAGUAUGGGAUAUUCGAACUAACAAACCUUGGUCAGCUCUAACACUUGCUGGUCACUCAGCUACAGUUAGAUGUUUGCAUCUGAGUGGUGACCGGUUGGUAAGUGGAUCGGCUGACAGAACUAUCAAGGUAUGGGAUUUGAAAAACACCGGAAAGGAUUGGAGUAGUGCUGCCUGCAGAGUGACAAUGAUUGGUCACAUGCACACAGUUAGAUGUCUGCAGGUGGAUGAGAACAAAGUUGUAAGUGGUUCAUAUGACAGAACACUUAAAGUGUGGGACUUGAGCUCUGGACAGUGUCAUCUUACUCUCAGAGGACACGAGGAAGCUGUUUUAUGUGUCCAGUUUAAUGAGAGAAAGAUAGUCUCCGGAUCAGCUGAUCGUACUAUCAAGGUAUGGGAUUUAAAUGAAGGCUACUGUCUCAAUACACUACAUGGCCAUCAUGAUGCUGUUACAUGUCUUCAUUUUGAUGAGAAUCGAAUCAUUUCUGGUUCUGUAGACAGUGAUCUAAAGUUCUGGGAUAUUACAACAGGACAGGUCUUUCCUUUCUUUUGUAUGGUCUGGAAACAGCUGUAAUUCUGGAACCUUAGGUACAUCAUCUACAAAGUUUCGUGAUGCGAUGCCUAAUGAGCAGAAACAGUGACGUGAAACAAGGCAAACGACAUCAAAGUUUGAUAUACAGUGCAGAUUUGAUGGUUAUGUCUUCACUGCUGUAAAUCAUGCCGGCUUUGUAAACCAUCAAAGGCAGAAACACGGUCAGUCCUUAACUGAUCAAUGUCGGUAUUGCCAUUGAACUUUCCUUCAAUGAGGCUUCCACAACCAUGGAUGUUUUUGCUGUCAAAGAAUACUUCUAACAUAGCCUGUAGUGACCUUGACCUGCACCAUUUCCCAUUGGAAUGAACGCAGUGAAAGGAGGGAAAAGUGUUUGCAUGUGUGCAUACAUGUGUGUGUGUGUGUGUGUGUGUGUGUGUGUGUGUGUGUGUGUGUGUGUGUAUGUGUGUGUGUCUAUAUGUGUGUGUGUGCUGAUGCAUUUGAGGUGAAAAAUGGUCUUAGACAAGGGUGCACUUUGGCUCCUACUUAUUCAACAUCUACUUCAAUGCUAUUGUAACAUGUUGGCGAGAUGAGUGUGCAGAGGCUGGAAUUGAUGUACUGUUCAAACAUGGCAGAAAGCUGGUUGGAGAUAGAAGUGGAAAGUCGAGGCUGCAAGUAGUGAGGGUGACUGAGUCACAGUUUGCAGAUGAUGUGGCUCUGUAUUCCAGUUCUCGUUUGGUCUGUGAAAUGGCAUCUAGAAAGUUUGUUGAUAUGGCAAGAAAAUGGGGGUUGACAGUUAACACUCAGAAGACAAAAGGAAUAGUAAUAGGGACAGCGAUUGAUGACAGGGAUAUGGCUUCGGUACAAGUUGAUGGAGGGGGGAAAUUGAGAUGG